UUGAAUAUUUUGUUAGACUUUUACAACCCCGUUUAAUAUAAAAACGAGAUUGCUUAUAAAAGUCUGAAUCUAGCAUGUCGAGUCUCUCAAUCGCACCUUUACAAAGUGAUCUACUUACUCUGGCUCCCAAACAUGAACAUUUGUUGGUCGAAAUUGAGUCUUCGGAUUCAAGUAACAUAGGUAUUGUCAUAAGAGCAAUUUACGAUGGAGAAGAGCAUCAAAAAUUUAUGGAAAAAUUGGAUGAGCGAAUCAAAAGUCAUGACAGAGAUAUUGAGCGUAUGUGUAAUCAUCACUAUCAGGGUUUCAUUGAUUCUAUUCGUGAAUUAUUGCAAGUGCGAUCACAAGCCCAACAGCUAAGUAACGAAAUCUUGGAACUCGAUAAACGGAUUAUUGCAACAACUGGUGGGGUAAUAGAAAAGCGCGAAGAACUCGUAAAAGCAAGAAAAGUCGAGAGUAACAUGGCUGCUGCAGUGGAUAGUCUUACUAUGUGCCUUCCUGUCCUUGCUGCAUAUGCAAAACUUCAACGUAAAUUAAAAGACAAACGUUAUUAUCCUGCACUAAAAACGCUCGAGCAGAUGGAGAACAAUGAUUUGCCAAAAGUUACCAAUUAUAGGUUUUCGUCGCAAAUCACUCAACAAAUUCCUGUUUUACGAGAGAAUAUAAAAGAUGCAUCGAUGUCAGAUCUUAGAGAUUUCCUGGAAAACGUCCGAAAAUAUUCUCCAAAAAUUGGAGAAGUUGCGAUGAGACACACUGCCGAGCAGCUCGAGAAUGAGGCUGAAAUCAUUGGACGCAGGAAAAAGAGAAUGCAUUUAGCUCCUUCAAACGAAAGCGAAGAAGAACUGAGUGCACAGGAUCUUAUGGACUUCAGUUCAGUGUAUCGAUGCAUGCAUAUCUACACAGUUUUGCGAGAAGGCGAGACUUUCAAAGAGUAUUACAGACAACAGAGGCAACAGCAAGCACGGCUAGUUUUGCAGCCACCAGUCAACAUGCAUGAAAGCAUAAAAGGGUAUCAAUCAUACAUCUAUGCAAUUCUUGGGUUUUUCGUUGUGGAGGAUCAUAUUCUCAAUACAGGCAAUGGACUGGCAACUCGGCCUUACUUAGAAGAACUUUGGUCAAUGGCUUUGUCAAAAAUCGUCAACGCACUUCGAACACAUUCCGCCUAUUGCACCGAUGCUACACUGAUCUUAAAAAUAAAAAACCUGAUAAUGCUCUUCAGCACGACGUUAAGAAACUACGGAUAUCCAGUGGGUCAGUUUUGGGACUUACUUCAAGAAAUCCGGAUUCAUUACAACGAAGUUUUGAUGCAACACUGGGUUCAAGUCUUCAGAGAUAUUCUGGAAGAAGACAAUUUUCUUCCAAUUCAGGUGUCAUCUCAGGAAGAGUACAACAACAUUCUAGGUUCUUUUCCCUAUCCGAAAGAAGUGCAAAAGGCGGAGUUUCCAACGAAGUUUCCCUUCUCAGCCAUGGUGCCAAAAGUUUACCAGCAAGUUAAAGAAUUUAUCUACGCUUCUCUCAAAUUCUCUGAAGAUCUGAAUCUUACACAAACAGAAAUUGACGAGAUGGUCUGUAAGUCAACGAACUUACUGUUGACGCGAACAUUUAGCGGAUGUUUGUCUUCCUUAUUUCGAAAGCCGUCGCUGGCACUGCUGCAAGUAGUACAAAUUAUAAUAAAUACAGGAUGGUUGGAGAGCUCGACCAAAUAUUUAGAAGAAUUCCUUUCAAACAUUACCGGAACUCCACACGAAGGACAGUUAAGUAGCGGAGGUGUGAAAUCUGCUAUGUUUAGAGUAGCACGAGAUGACGCCGAAAAGCAAAUUUGCGAAAAGCUUAAACGCAAACUAGAUGAGUUCUUGGAAUUAGAAAACUAUGAGUGGAACUUAGCAGAAUCGCAAGGACAUGCUUCGGGUUUCAUCACUGAUCUUAUAGCGUUUUUAGAAAGUACUUUCAGGUGCUUUACAGAUUUGCCUCAAGAAGUAGCUCAAGUUGCAUGCAAGGCGGCUUGUUCUCAUAUUUCCAAGGCCAUUCUGAAUAUACUGAUCAGUGAAGACUUGAAACACUUGUCGAUGGGUGCUUUACAUCAAGUUAAUCUGGAUACGAUACAAUGCGAACAAUUUGCUGCUUCUGAUCCAGUAAAAGGGUUACCUGAAGGUGCUUUAUUGGAAAAUUUUGCAAAAUUACGACAACUAUUAGAUCUUUUCACAAACUGGGACUGGCCCACCUACUUUCAUGAUUAUGGAAAUGAAUCAAGCAAGUACAGCCAGGUUACUCCAAACAUGGCCGUAGUCUUAUUAGAAAAACUGUUCCCAGAAAGUGUUCGAAAGUUCACCCAAGAACUGAGGAUCUUCAAUCACACACUAAACAAGUCAAAUGUGCUGACAAUCAAGCAGCAUAUGGUUGACAAAAUACGAGUCUAAUCUGAUGCAAGAAGGAUAAUACAAAAGAGAGAGAGAUGGAUCAGAGAGAGUCAACAGUUUCUUGCUCACCCAUAGUACCUCUUCAGCGUUCCCCCGCUUUCUGUCAAAAAUCCACCCAAGCCCAACAAGAUCUGCAAAACACUGAACAUAAAAGAAGAUCCUGAUAAUAUCAUCCGCUUCACCGAGUUUUGCGGUAACUUUAUAACAUAUGAGGAGGAAUGUCCAUCAAUCACUGCCAAAGAAUCGAAAAAAUCACUUAGGAGUACGAGGAACUUUUCCGCCACAGGACCAGAUUUUAUCAAGAAUUUCUGGUGGAAGAAGUUUACUUCUAUACACCAACAUAUGGUCCUCAUAUUCACCUCAUAUUUAAAGUCAGAAACGUUCAUUCCGCAGUGGCUAGGGCUAGGACGUACUAUAGUCUCACCGAAGGAAGGCAACUUGACAAACCAGAGAAUUACAGCCCAAUAACUUAUUUGAACACGAUACAUACGAUCUUUACAGCUGUCCAUUGACAUGUGGAUCCGCAAAGACACAUCAGCCCAUCACCGUGUCCUGUCAAUGGCCUGGAUUGACUAUCAGAAAGCUUUCGAUUCAACUUCUCAUAGACUUAUCAUCUGUCUGUCGCGAAGCUUGAAGGUUCAUUCACACAUAUUGAGAUGAGUAGCAAAAUUGAUGCCCCUUUGAAAAACUAGAUCUAUCGUCGCAUUUGGAAAAUAUCGUUUGACAACGAACAUGCUUGCCGUGGCGGUUCUACCCGACUCAUUUGGGGUGGUUCAAUUUACGAAGAACGAGCUUACGGACCUUCAUAUCACUACACGUAAGAUUAUGUAUGUGCAUAAGAGCUUGCAUAUUAAUUCGUCUGUUCCACGAUUAUACAUCUCAAACCGUCAAAGCGGACGUGGCCUUCUGAAUAUCCAAUGUCUUCAUAACCGCAUUGUUCUUAGUAUAGCUUACAUUGUUUCAAAUGGCAGAAAUCCUCUGCUAAAAGUAGUCAAAACCACAAAAUGAUUGGCGAAGGAAUGUUCCUUUACAAAAUCGCGGAGCAGACGGUCUAGACCCUUGGCCUGAAUUUUAACAUCACAAGUGAGGAAAGUGCAUUACGCUAACCUACAGUCGCAUUAUAUUGCCUUGUCAAUUUUCUCCAAAUGUCAUUCUUGAUUUUAUUGCUUAGUUUAUUGAUAACUGCGGCCAGUUGCAAGGAAUUUUGCAGUUGGCUUCAGUCAUUCGUAAACUCUAGAAAUGAACAUUUCGAGGCAUAGUUAGAGAAUUAAACUGCUAUUAAUUAUGUCAAAAAUGCGCCAAAAUACGGAAAUUAAUUUUGUAGGGGACACAAGUGAACCUUUCAACAGGAUUAUAAAGUUUUAGAAAGAAAA